UUUUCAAAGCCAUGCAACCAAUCGAUCUCUUUGAGAAGCUCAAGGUUCACGCGGCUCUUGUGGUCUUGCAGCUUGGGUUUGCCGGGUUUGAGAUACUGACCCGGAAUCUUCUCAUCGAUGGCUUCAGUCCUUUUGUUUUCCCAGUAUACAGGAACGCGAUUGCUUUCCUGGUGCUGGCACCGCUUGCUUACUGGUUGGAGAGAAACGAGCGACCAAAGCUAGAGUGGGCACAACUUCCGAUGUUUCUGUGUCUCGGGACGAUCGGGAUCCUUGGCAACCAGAUCAGCUAUAUAUUGGGCCUGAGAUACACAUCGGCUUCCUUCACUUCAGCGUACAGGAACUCGAUGCCUGUCUUCACUUUCCUAAUAUCUUACUUUAUCGGAAUAGAGCGAGUAAAGCUUAGAACUCGAGAAGGACAAGCUAAGAUUCUUGGGACUACUUUCGGAGUUACUGGUGCACUGAUAAUGUCCCUCUACAGAGGAGCAGAGAUCAUACGGCCGCCUUCUCCAGGCAAUCGCUUGCUCCAUGGGUUUCACUUCAGCUCAUGGAAUCUAGGCGUUGUGAUCCUGACGGCAGCGUUCCUGUCUUUUGCCAUCUUCCUGAUCUUACAGGCGCAACUCAUGAAGACAUUUCCUGCUCCGCUAUCCAUCGCUUCUAUAUCGAUUGGCAUCGGUUGCAUUGAGCUCGCCAUCCUGGCUCUUAUGAUCGAUCGCAACUUCUCGAGGUGGAAGCUAAAUUCAACGUCGGCCACCAUUACAGUUGUAUAUGCUGGUGUAGUCGCCUCGGGGCUGGUCUCUGCGAUACAGUCGUGGGGAGUGAAACGAUGCGGCCCAGUGACAGUAGCGGCGUAUCAGCCCCUCGAGACAGUGGCUGUUGCAGUGCUGAGUUUUCUCUUCUUGAGAGAAGGAUUUCGACUAGGAAGCAUGGUGGGAGCCGCAAUCGUCGUCUCGGGCUUGUAUUUAUUGAUAUGGGGACAGUCCAAGGAAAAGAAAGAUAACUCUUUGCAAAAGCCUCUGUUGCGCAAGGUAAGGAAUUCACCAAAGCUUGUCAAUUGGGAAGCACUGUUUUGCACAACAGGACAGUGCUGCCGAGGCCGCGUAGCCAAAUCGAGGUGGCUGUCAACGAAUAAUUUAUUUUUCGAUGGAAUCUUUGCAAGCCUGCUGUCAUUCCAUUGUUUGAAUAUUUUAUCACCCUUGAUUGAAUCAUGAUGUCCCUUUCCUUUUAUUUUAGAAAGCCGUCGUAUGCUGGCUUAGAAAAAUAUGCAGCCUCCAAACUAAUGAACAAAACGUAUCUCAACAGAGGACGAGCUUGAUAAUU